AUGUUGCAUUCAUCUGCACAAUUCAUGCAAACACCUGAGCAUUUUCAGACUUUCAGACCUUCUUCGGUCCAGAUAUUGGAGACUAGGGAGACAGCUGAACAAAUCCUCCUCUCAUCUCUACGCAAAUUGGAUAAAGGGAAACGGUCGCGUACUGGCUUGGAAUUAAAACGGGGUCUAAUGAUUGCGUUCACACUAUUUAAGGCUAGACAGAUUCUGUGGCAGUAUCCAACACCUCAGCCUCCUCCAUUAACUCUUCCUCCACCUGUCCAGGUUCCUCCUCCGCAACCGAUUUAUCUAGCCUCAGAGAGUUACCCUUCAACUACAAAUAACACUUCCAUGCUUUCCACACUAGAAAAGGAUAUUAAUUCAAUUUUUUGGGAACCUCAUAGGGUGGAACCCAGCGAUUAUAAUGAUGAGGAAAGCAGUGGCAGUGAAGAUUCCGAUUCAGAUGAUGUUGACAUUGAUGAUCAAGAUCCUUUUGACGAAUUUCCUCCCCGAGAACCGAUUUUUCCUCCUCCUUUUCCUGCUACUUUUCCUGAAGACGAUUUUCCCAAUCCUCAAAGCAUAAUUAGUCCUAAUAGUGGUCUUACCAAUUUAACCACCGUUGUUCCAGGCAGCGAAUCCCAUCUGAAUUUUGAACAGAAUCAUCCGACAGUAGUGACGCAUCUCUCUAAUCCCAUCUCUAUCUAUAAUUCUAGGAAGAGGUCCUAUUGCUCUACGGAUUCUCCUGAAUGCCUGCAUGUUUCUCCCCUAAAACGGUCAACUUCUGUACUCUUUUGA